AAAAAUAUUAUCAUUAAAAAAAACGAUUUGUUUAUAAAUUAAUAACAAGAAGAGAGAUUAUCAAUCAAAAAAAGAGAGAAUCUUAUAAUAUUAAUAGAGCUUGCCAUAAGAGCAUAUUUUAACGAAUAGAUAAUCUGUAAAAUGAAAAUAUAAUUCUCUUUAGGGAUCUUUCUGUUGGGAAUUAUUUGUUUUGCAAACUGUACUUCUAUUACCAGUAGAAGGUAGAUGAGUUCAAGUUAAAUUGGUUCAGGAUAUUUGAAAAACAAGAGUUUCCAUCAACAAAGAUACAAAAAUUUAAUAUUUGCAUAAACAAAAGCAGAAGAAUUAAUACCAAAUUGCUACAUUUAUGAUCAAAAUCCAAACUAUUGUUUAGUUUGUAAUGAAGAGUUUUUCUUAUCAGCUUAAAAGACUGAUUGUGUUAAGGGUUAAAUAAGCCAUUGUCAAUAUUAUUUAAAUGAAAUUACUUGUGGAAAUUGUUAUGAUGGCUUUGAACUUAACGAAGAUUAAUCUUUGUGUCUUAAUUCAUAAAAAGGAACUAAAGUUGACCACGAAGACGAUGCAAUUAACUGGAAGAACUAGCCUCAUAAUGGAGAGCUUGAUCAAAAAAUACCUGAUAGCUAAACUGAAGCUGAGGCUAAUUAAAAAAAUAACUAGGGAUAAUAGAAUUAGGCAUAAAACAAUGGUUAAUAAGGAAAUUAACAAAACUAAUAGCAGUAAAAUUAACAAAAUACAGCUGAUAAUAGCUUAGGUGGAUAUGUUAAUUAAGCAGUUGACGAAUAUAAUUAGUAACAACAAAAUGACAAUUAACAAUAAACCAAUAACUAAUAAUCUGCUAAUAAUACCUAAUAAGAAAAUCAAAGCAACUAAGACAAUUAGUAAAAUAAUCAAAACGGAUAAAAUAAUGAGUAAAAUCAAAAUGCAAAUAAUAACAAUAAUCAGUAAGGAUUUGAAAAUUAAGAAAAUCAGAGCUAAGAAGAAGGUUUUAACAAUAAAGAAAGUGACUAGGAAAAUUAGUCAGCUUAAAACUAACAAAAUAGUUAAAAUACAUCAGAAAGUAAUGAUAAGACUAGCAAUAAUGAAUAAUAAAGUUAAAAUUCUUCAAGCUAAUAAGAGGAUUUGACAUCUGGUUAAGAAUAAGGACAACAAAAUAAUGCUGAAGGCUAAUAAUCUAAUCAAGAAUAAAGUUAGAAUAACUAGAAUUAAGAUUAAAGCUAAAAUGGUUCAAAUGAAAGCAGCUAAAAUGAAGAAUCUUCUAAUUGGAAUAAUGAAUCUGGUAGCAAUAACUAGGAAAAUAAUACCAAUCAAAAUGAUAACAGUAACUAAGAAAAAAAUGACAAUAGCAACAAUGAAAAUAGCAACAACAACUAAGAGGUUAAUAAUAGCAAUAACUAAGAAAAUGAUACCAACAACAAAAAUCAAGAAUAAAAUGAUUCUAAUCAAGAAAGCAAUAACAGCAAUAAUAACAAUGAAAAUGAUAAUAGCUAACAAGAAAAUAAUUGGAACAAUCAAGAAGAAACUAAAAAUGGUUAAAAUAAUGAAAAUGAUCAAAAUAAUAAUAACUCAAAUUAAAAUGACAACAAUUAAUAAGAGUCUGAAGGUUUUGAUAACAAUAACAAUGCCUUUAUUGAGUUCAAGAAUGAGAGCAACGAUUCCUCUUUUAAGAUACUUUACAAGUAAACUAAAGCUAAAAAGCAUCUUAGAGUUGAUAAGAAAAAUAUUUGA